CUGUACUCUUCCCCAUAGCCGCCAAGCCCGUUUCUCAUCCGAUUUGCGUCGACCUGCCGCCUGCUGUAGCCAAGCCACGCUCGAGUCAUCGGAACAAGAAUUUCUCCUAAUUUUCCACAUGCGUAUAGUCUCCCUUUUCUUCCUCUCCUGUGUGCAUUUCCUCGUGAUUUCUUCAACUAUGUGAAUGAACGUAUGCGAAGAUAAUAAAGUUUUUCGGUACGGGAUUAUACAUGGAAUAUUGGUGGAUGUUAAAAAGUGCCAGUGCUGUUUGGAAUGCCGAUACGUGGAUUAUGGAUUUCCUACUGUAAACACUGAGAUUUAUGGGCAUCGAUGAAAAUUCAUUCGACCAUAAUCUUUUAUUUGGUAGAAGAUAAUGGGACACCGAUGAAAGACAGAAUUGAUGCAGUCAGCAAAGUGCAAAAAAGCUAAAUGAAUAGUUCGGAGUAAUUCUGAAGGACAACCAGGAAAUUUUUAAAAGAAUUUCUUGUUCAUAACAAAACGUACGAUAAAAAGCUCUUUUACUUGAAAGAUGAAUGACUUAGGUGGAAAUAUAAAGAGAUAAUAUUUUUUUCAAAUACGCACAAGCAGUAACUAUAAAAAUAGUAAUAAAAAGAAUUGAAGUUUAUGAACGAAGGAAAGAGAAAGGAGAUUAUUACCAGGAAAUCAAAAUUAAUUAGACGAAACGUUUCAAGAUCAAUGAAGAAACUCGGUGCGUAAAAUAUGGAAUUAGAACGAUGAAGAAAGUGAAGGUCUAAAGCACUCGAAAGGAAAAUGGAAUUCCAUAACUGCGCGUUGCAUUGAAUUGUCCGCAUGUUGAACGCAGCUCAUCAGUGUGGAACGCAAUGUGAUUGGGAAAACUCUUUCGUGUAAAAAUGAGGUUGUGCGAUCUUCUGGAAUAAAAUAUCAUGGUGUAGCUUACCAUUAGAGUACAAACUAUCGUAGGAUUGAAAAAAAAAAUAUAAACGUUGGAUGUAUCUGGGAUGCACGUGGGAUUGCUAGCUCCUACAUCGAUGCUUAUGACGCCUAUGCGCCGGAAAACUCCGCCAGAACGUUUACCAUUUUUAUUUUUCUAACAGAGAUUGCGAUAAAGAAUUCUAAUUAAAAAUAGUAGGCAAUAAUCGUAUAGCAAAAACGCUUACGAAAAAGAUGAGAAAUUAUUGUAACAAAAUUUUACAAAAAGCGCAUUUUGUAAACAUUAACAAUUAAAAAAAAAAAAAAAUCAAAAUUAAUUUUGAUAAAUUAGCUAUGUAACUGAAAAUAGGUGCAACGAAAAAAUGCAAAUAUAAUGCAGAAAAUAUACAAAAAAAGGAAAAGAAUGUAGAUGUAAUAAAAAUGCUUCCUGAGAAGUGUUAGAAAAGGAAAACGUCGGAUUUUCGAAACGAAGUUUUCCAAAAUGGAGAGAAACGAUAAUAAUGUGAGUGUCGGGAAUUCGGGAAAUUCCCCGAAUUCUUCUUCGACGACUCACGGUAUUAUUCACAAUACUUCCGCCGGAAUUGAUAUACAGAACGGGGAUAGAGGAUGGGAAGUCCAUCACGUAACUGUCACCCGUGUUCCUGGUUAUGGAUUUGGAAUAGCUGUUUCCGGUGGCCGGGAUAAUCCUCAUUUUACAAACGGUGAUCCUGCCAUUGCAAUUUCUGAUGUCCUAAAGGCUGGUCCAGCUGAAGGAAAAUUACAGGUGAAUGAUCGUAUAAUAUCUGCAAAUGGGAUAUCACUUGAGGGUGCUGAUUAUGGAGCAGCGAUUCGAGUCCUGAGAGAUUCAGGAUCAACGGUGCUACUAGUAGUUAAACGCAGAGCAUCUUCGAAUUCUUCCAAUACUCUGGGGAACUCUACGCUCCAGAGUCAUAGACUGACGCUUACAAGAAACAAUAAGAAAGAUGACUUUGGAAUUGUCCUUGGUUGCCGUCUCUAUGUAAAAGAGGUAACUCGAGAGAAUACAGGAGUGAAACCAGGAGAUGUUUUAACUCGAAUAGGCAGCGUAGCCACUGACAACAUGAGUCUGAAAGAAGCGAAAAAAUUAAUGGAUCAGUGUAAAGAUAGACUGUCGAUAGUGGUAACCAGGGACAAUUCCUGCUGUCACGUUCAACAGCAAGCGAAGAGCGAAACUGGGGAAUAUCUUUCUGGGACAACUAGUUACAGUAGUCAAAACUUGUAUGUUCCACCUCCAACGAGACAGCCCAUAGAGGACAAGAGUAAUCUUGUUCCUAGGGGUCGAGCCAGGGGACCAUUAAUGGACGUUUCUCUUAGUCAAUUGGAUCUUCCUGCUACUCCAACUGUAGAUCCUCCUAGACCACCACCACCUAGACCAGAGGAUUAUUACAGCACAAGGAGACAGCUCUAUGAUGAUGAUUUAUCUAGGAAUAAACUUCCAAUGCCAGAUCCUCGGUUCAUUACCUUUCAAAAAGAAGGAUCAGUAGGCGUUCGCCUAAGUGGUGGAAAUGAGACGGGUGUUUUUGUGACAGCGGUUCAAGCAGGAAGUCCAGCUUCUCUACAAGGCUUACAACCUGGAGAUAAAAUUUUAAAGAUAAAUGAUAUGGAUAUGAAAGGAGUAACAAGAGAAGAAGCCGUUCUUUUCUUACUCAGUCUUCAAGAACAAAUUGACUUAAUAGUUCAACAUCGACGACAAGAAUAUGAUCAAGUAGUAGCAUCUGGAAAGGGUGAUUCUUUUCAUGUAAAAACUCACUUUCAUUAUGAACAACCACAAAAAGGUGAAAUGAGUUUCCGCAGCGGAGAUGUAUUUCAUGUAGUGGAUACUUUACACAAUGGUGUGGUCGGUUCGUGGCAAGUGUUCCGUAUUGGUAGGAACAAUCAGGAAGUACAGAAAGGAAUAAUACCGAAUAAAGCCCGAGCCGAAGAACUAGCAACUGCACAAUUCAAUGCUACAAAGAAGGAAAUGAGUGCCAGUGAAAGUAGGGGUAGCUUCUUUAGGAGAAGAAGAAGCAGUCAUAGGCGUUCGAAAUCUCUUGGAAGAGACCACUGGGACGACGUAGUGUUUUCUGACAGCGUUAGCAAAUUUCCAGCCUAUGAAAGAGUCAUUCUAAGACAUCCUGGUUUUGUCAGACCCGUUGUACUAUUUGGUCCUGUUGCAGACCUGGCUAGAGAAAAACUCUUAAAAGACUUUCCUGAUAAAUUCACAUCGCCGCAAAUGGAAAACCAGUUGGAUGAUAACGUUGGGAAGAACACGAAGUCAUCAGGGAUCAUUCGACUGAGUGCUAUUAGAGAAGUGAUGGAUAGAGGGAAGCAUGCCUUAUUAGAUAUUACUCCAAAUGCUGUGGAUAGAUUGAACUACGCGCAAUUCUACCCUAUUGUUAUUUUUCUGAAAGCUGAAACUAAACAAAUUAUUAAGGAGAUGCGUGCCGGAAUUCCUAAAUCGGCGCAUAAAAGCAGUAAAAAGCUCCUGGAACAAUGUCAGAAGUUAGAUAAAAUUUGGGGCCAUAUCUUCAGCGCAGUGAUUACCUUGACCACACCGGAAGCUUGGUAUAGGAAAUUGAGAGAAUUGAUCGAUAGACAACAACAGGGAUUACUUUGGAUGAGUCAAACUAAGCCGGAAGAAGCACUCUCGGAUGACUUCCUAUUCCCGAUGACAUCUCGCCUCUCCUAUGCUUCCUCUCCGGAGAGUGACUUGGAACUCAGUCCGGCACCAGCUUUACCGGGUGCUCUGGGUGCACCCUCUAGAUUGAAAAGCAGCUCUGACCCAAGUAUUGCAACGCAGGAUGACAUUGCUGCACCACCACCAUAUUCAACAACUUAUCAGCAAUCAUUUGAGCAACCAAAAAGAAGAUCACAAGGAGGAAUGGGAGAUGGAAAAUACGGAUUCUCCUUGUCAGGACAAGUUAGCAAUCAGUCAGGAUCACCAGAGUAUCUAGGUGGCUCCUUUGAACCCAGAUCCUCUCAUCAUAGUCCUCCCGAUUUACCUCCAAGAGUAGACCGUAAUGCAAAGCCAAGCAAUCAACAACAGCAACAACAACAACAACAGAGAAAUACUAUUGGAAGAUCUGCUCAAGAAAGAUUGCUUAAUAAAACCGAUUCCGUUUUGGAUGUAGCAAAUUACAUAAAUGCAACACCUCAUAAAGCUAAUGCCACGUCAUCGCUUGAAAGAGCUCAGCCAAAAGCGGGAAGCUAUGAUAGCAUGUCUUCAUAUGAUUCCUAUAAUAAUACAAAUGGGAACGCUAGUUAUGGAGCACCAGGUUUAAGUACAUCUACUGGAAGAUUAGGUCCUAAUGUACCGGAUGAUUUAAAAAGCAGUGGUGCACCACCGAGGUCGCAUGAUCCUUACAGAUUCACCAGAUCAACAGCACAACCGAUUCCUAGCCACGAGACCCAACCACGUACCGAUUAUGCCAAAUACAGCCGCACGACCGAUUACAAAUCCAUCACACUACCACAAAAUAAACCUGGAGGUUCAUACAAACCCAUACCACCUCCAAAACCAAAAAACUACAGGCCACCUCAAGCAAACCUGGCACAGUCAGAGAAUAAUGGAAACGAGGGGAAUAAUACUCACCAGCAUUCGAAGAGCUAUUCUAUUGCUACUUCUCAUGCAGAAGGCACUAACAACGUGCAACGCAACAGCGGACAAUAUUAUUACAAUAUUCCACCACCGAAUAGACAUGAUUCAAAUCUUGGAAAUUCUCAUCACAAUUUAAGCCAUCUCUCAACACCAGCUCACAAUCAUAGCCUGAGCCACACACAUGCGCAUUGUAGCCCGCCAAUGUCAACUCACAGUCACAGUAAUAGUGCCAGCCAAUUGAGCCUGGGUCUCUCUCAUAAUAGAAGUAACGUGAAUCACAAUGGAUAUGUUGUAAACAAUGGACACAACGGACCAACGCAAAGUUUCCCAACUAGUCCAGGGCAUAACAGAGAACCAAGCGGGCUAGAUCUUGCCGGAAGCAGGGAACAAAGAGGAAGUGCCUUUGAACUGUAUCGAAAACCUGUACAUCAUUACAGCGCAAGUUAACGUGCGCAAGGAUCUGUAAUUUAAUAAUGGGG